UACUUGAUCUGCCUUGAGGAACUUUGCCAUAGACUCUUCCACCCCUUCGGGAUUUUCUCCCCGUCCGCCCUGAAACUCGGCUUUUUUUUCUCUCUCUCUCUUUCUCUCUCUCUCUCUCUCUCGGGUUAUGAUGAAGAUGUCGCCCUGCGAGGCUGAGCUAAACAUUCCCGCUAAGAACUGCUACCGGAUGGUUAUCCUGGGCUCGUCCAAAGUGGGCAAAAGCGCCAUCGUGUCGCGCUUCCUGAGCGGCAAGUUCGAAGAUCAGUACACGCCGACCAUCGAAGAUUUCCACCGCAAAUUCUACAGCAUCCGAGGCGACGUUUACCAGCUUGAUAUCCUGGACACGUCGGGGAACCAUCCCUUCCCGGCUAUGAGGCGCCUCUCCAUCCUCACAGGCGAUGUCUUCAUCCUGGUUUUCAGUCUGGACAACCAAGACUCCUUCGAGGAGGUCCACCGGCUCAAGCAGCAGAUCGUGGAGACCAAGUCCUGCCUGAAGAAUAAAACCAAGGAAAACAUCGAUGUCCCCAUUGUCAUCUGCGGCAACAAGAGUGACCGGGACUUUUACCGCGAGGUGCCGAGGGAGAAGAUCCAGCAGCUCCUGGAUGGCGACUCCAAGUGCGCUUACUUCGAGAUCUCAGCCAAAAGGAACGCCAACGUGGACGAGAUGUUCCAAGCCCUGUUCACCAUGGCCAAGCUCCCGAGCGAGAUGAGUCCGGACCUCCAUAGGAAGGUCUCGGUGCAAUACUGUGACAUCCUGCACCGGAAAACCUUCCGGAGCAGGAAGAUCAAAGACGAGGACGCCUACGGCAUCGUCGCACCCUUCGCCAGGAGACCGAGUGUGCACAGCGACCUGAUGUACAUCAAGGAGAAGGCGAUCGGCGGCGGCCAGGCCAGGGACAAGGACAGGUGUGUGAUCAGCUAAAAGUCGCGUCGCCUUCACUUUUUUUUUACUUGAAAGAAGACGAUUUGAUGGAUCCGGAGGAAAACAAAAGGGAGAGAGGAUUUGGGAGAACAGGUGGUCCCGCCCGUUUCUUCGCAGCGUGAACCUGGGAAAGAAAGAGUGAGGAAGUUUCCUAAGACUGGCGAAGUCUUUGGGUUUUCUGCAGAGGGCAGUGCUCCUAUAUCCCGGUUAGGAGGCAUUGUCUCUCUAACUGCUGGCCACACUGGGUCAGGUCCAGCAAGGACUGAAAAUAAACCAUGAACACACACACAUACACACACAACAAAUUGAGAGGCUAUUUUGACGCGUCUCUUAAGGAAUAUUCAUUUUGUCGUAUUGACUGUGAAAUAUUUGUACUUGAUUCUUUUUUAUUUAAAGUCAAUAUAAUGUAGUCUCGAUGUGUACAAAUUUCUACAUGUAGUGCAAUGAGCAUCAAAAUAAAUUGUUUACAGUUGCCAACAAUUUGUUGCAUUUUGGCAGUAAAGUUGUACUUGAACAAUGAACAAAGUCUUAAUUUUUUAAUAAAUGUUUUGAGAUGAA